CCCUGGAGACACUGAAGGGCCUGUGUCUGGACAGUAAGCGCAGUCAGAUCCUGCAGAAGCUGGAGCUCUCUCUGGACAUCCUUGGUGGGACGGUGGAGCGCAUCUCCAACACGGCUGAGGUCCUCGGGGCCGUGCACCAGGAGGCUCGAGUGAGUCGGGCAGUGGAGCUCAUGGUGGCUCAUGUGGAGAAUCUGAGGAGGCGACAUGACAGAAACGCAGCCGAGCUGGAAGAGACCAAGAAGAUGAUCCAGCUGCAAAACUCCUGCAGAAACAUCAUCGACCCCAGAGCCUCACCAGAUCCAGGGGACAGUGACAGCCGACUGAAACGCUUUCUGAAGAACAACAGCCGGCGAAGGAUCAGUGUGUCAAUAAUCAAAAGUCCCCGUCAAACACAGGAGAAGAAAAAGCGAGACUCGAAGAAGCGGUCGGCUCAUGGAGGCUCCUCCGGCAGGAAGUCCAUCCCCGCUUGUCCGUCUCCGUCCCUGAGCUCAGAGUCCAGCUGCUGUGCCAUCGCCAAGGAAGACGGCUGCUCCGUGGACGACAGGCCAAUUGAUCCAAAUGAAAAUCCACCUCAAGCUUCAGCUGCUCAGCUUCCUCCGGACACCGCGGACCCCCCGGAGCCUCCCCCCACACCCAACGCAGAGCCCCCCACCUUAAAACAAGUGGUCAACAGGAAAACACAAAUCAAAAACUCCCCUCUGGAUACUCUGCGACAGAGACACAAGGGCAAAGCUGCGAUGUCAAAGAAGAAGUUAGAAAAGGAGAAAAAGAAAAACAGUAUCUUCCCACCGAUCUCUGCGGGCACGUGGAGAUCUUCGUGGAGACAACGUCCUCUGACUCACUGGCUGUAUCGCUGUCGCUGGGUCGUCCUCUGCUUGUACCUGUUUGUGCUCUUCUUUGUCAUCGUGCUGACGUACGUUCUGUGGAAGCUUCACUAUGGAACAUUUGAGCCCUGAUCUGUUCUUCUGGGACCAUUCGACUGGACCCGUCUGAAGAGUACGUGUGUAAACCCCCUGGCUGGAAAGCUCUGUACAAAAUAAAACG